AAAUGGUCCGGUUAUCGUAYCGCCAAUGAUUAAGUUCCUCAUACAGUUGACACACAAGAGUGAUCGCAAACUUAUAACUAUACCGAAAAUCAUCAGUAUCACCAACAAUUUACUGGCCAACAAUGCGGUGCUCGAUUGCGCUGUGCUCGCACUGAAAUCGCUCUCUUACGAGAUCUUCUUCAUGCCGCCCGUCGGUGGCAGUGCUGCACUCAAUACGUUAGCUGAUUAUCGGGCACCCUUCCAAAGUCCCGUUACACGUUCGCCGGUACAACAACGUCGGCAUGCUGCAGAGGAGUCGGCCGCCGCUGCUGCCGCGGCUGAAGCGCUUUUGGCGAACAGUCGCGAAUUGGAUACGCAGAAGGAAGUUGUGUUGGGCAUGUUGGAGAAAUUCGUGGAUGCCACUGAGUUGCAACAUGUUGUGGCUUUGUUGUUGUUGCGCGAACGUUGUGCCCAGCAAAUGGAUGGUGGCGCUUUUGCGCGACGCAUGGAAGGUGGUGAUGCCGCUACGGUGGAGCGGCAGAAAAGCAGUUGCAUUUUGGAAUCAACGCGAUUGCARGAUCCCGGCGUGGUGUAUGCUCUCAUUUGCCGCGCCAUGUGYGAUGGACGUUUGGGCGUGCACAACUGGCGCGACUUUUACACGCUGGAGUCGUGUUUCAAGAAUUAUAGCAAAUAUGUGCUGGCGGAUAGCAAGAAUUUUCUGGCUUUGCUGCAACUAUUUUUAACGGAGGGCGUGGAGUGCUUUUCCGCCUUGGCGCAUGCAACGAUCAUACUGGCGAAUGUAAUAYUUAAAACUGAGGAAAUUUAUUUAGUAAAUCACAUCAAACUUUAUUUGAAAAACCAUCCGGCGGUGGAGGAGCAGGAGCGCCAACGCGCGCACCAACAACGCAUGCAACAGCAGCAGCAACAACAGCAGCGCGCGACGCUCUGGCUGCUGGACGGCCCAUCGACAUCUACAGCAGCGGCGCGUGCAGCCGCCAACGCGCUCAGCGCCACAGCAGCCGAUGCGGGUGCGGGUGCGGCGUCGACGUCGGCGCCGGGGGUUGGCAUAAGUGAAAUUAACUAUUUCGCAAAAGUUUUAUGCGAGAAGMUGGAGCAUUGCUUUGACGCUGUCGCUGGCACUGACAACUCGCCGMCCUCUGGCGAUGCGGCCUACAGUCGGUUGGUGUGCCGUUUCGUUGCCGCUUUGCAUGAGGUCUGCUGUCGGUCGCGCCACAAGGACGCGCUGCAAUCAGUUUUUCGUUUGGUCCUGGCCGAAUCGGCUUUGCUCGAUAAGUACUGUAAUUUCCUGACGAUGGAUCWGUGGCGGCAGCRURCGGAUGCCGACKGGCACGUCGGUGCAAACGCCGCCAKKRAUGAGGAUGAUGCUGUGUAUGARUGCUGUAGGACGGUGUCGUUGGGGCAGGCGCUGCAGCUGCAGCUGGAAGUCUUGAAACUUUUGUCGGCCAUGAAAUUGUUAGAUCCGGUGGUGAUGUUGCAAUUGCUAAAGCAGCAAAAACAAAACGCAUUACAACAACUACAACAACAGCAGCAUGCACAGCAAAUGGCAACCAAUAAGGAGCGCCUGAAGUGGUGCGACAACAUGCAGCGGACACUUCUGAGUGAAAUUUGCCAGCAAAAUCCGUAUGCGCGCGACUGGUCAACGCAACAAGUGCGCCAGCUACUGGACUUGGGCGGCGCAACAUUUCUGAAUUUCCUAAUUACGGAGCAUUUCGAAUUAAUCAGCGAUUUGUGUGAAGUGGCCGCCGUGCUGAAAGCGGCGCAAGCGACGCGCGAAGCGGCUGACCAAUUGGAUGUAUUAUGGUUGAAUGCGUUGCUGCAACAUGCUAGCGCGCUCAACAAGCACUCGAUACGCGCGCUGCCGCCUCUACUGCUGCGCUUAUGCAACGUCACAAGAACCUCCGUUGCCGGUUGUAAUCUCCAAAUGGCGCUACUUAGCCUACAACUAUUGCAGCGCUUACAUGCGCGCCACAACAAUGCGCGGGCCUUGCAAGUGCGUUUGGAGCGUUUAGCGCGCCGCCUUGUAUUUAGCUGCAGCGCCGCGCCACUUCAGCGUCAGCAGUUAUUGCAGCAAUUGUCGGAAUUGGCUGGGGAUCGACUAACGGCGUUUGGCAGCAACAAUACAUCGACGACUUUCUGGCAGCAGUUGUUCUUGGACACUGAAGACUGCGAACCGGCUGCUCAACCAUUAGCAUCGUUGGCGAAGGAGCAGCAUCAGCUUCAGCAGCGCAUAAUUGACGAGAAGUGGCUGUUGAGCCAGUUAAUUAAAUUCUCCGCACAAUCGGACUAUGGCGCUCAGCAGCUAUCGCGCAUUCUACUGGAGAUACAAUCCGAGCAAAAACUCUAUAAAAUAUUCAACAGCAGCGAGUUCGCGGUGGCGCGAGUGUUGCGACAUGUAAUUGCUAGCUCAAUGCAAGCGAUGCUGGCCGCCUUCCGCAACAAUUGCAUACAACAUAAUCCACAUAUACACUACAUGCAACCGAAUCCAUUAGUGCGCGUUACGCUGGCCGUCUUGAUGACACGUAUUAGCGAGGAAAUUGCCGCACCAGGCAAUCGAAGCGCCAACCUACACAUACCAAUUAUGACAACACUGGGCGGAGGUGCUACCACAGAGGCGGUGCCGAUAAGCGGCGUGCAUACCCAGGCGCAUGUGGCAAGUGACGGUGGUUUUUACCUGUGCGACAGUGUGGCCACACUGUUGGAGCAUGUAAAGAAAGUGGAGGACACGGCGCUGUUCUACAUCGAGUCCAGGUUCAUUGAUAAGUUUGUGUGUGAGCAACUCUUGCGACACGAACAUGUGGCCACACUGUUGGGCUUCUUGAAUUGGUGUUGCCUGCAAGCGCAGCAACUGCUGCAGCGGCAAGCGGAACAAAAAUGUCAACAACAACAAUUUACGCUGGCACUGUUACAAUGUAUUGCGGCGUUGCUGCAAGAGCGCUUCAUCUGGACGGAACUUAAUCACAUGGAAAAGCCAAGUGUCGCAACGACAACAACAGCAACGGCGGAUGGCAGUGCCGCUACGGCAGCGUCGAAUGCCAACACGGCUGGCAGUCUAUUGUCGCCGCCACAACGCAAUUUGUUGUUGUGCCGUGUGCUGGACGUCUUGGUGUUGGCCGCCAAKCAGUCGCUGCAACACACCAUCUUCUACAAGCAUUACAAGCAACAAGCGUUGCUGGUCGACGGCAGCGGAAGUGUCGAUGGCCAGCAUGCAAGCAUUGACAGUGAACAGCAGCAUAUCUUCAAUGCUUUGUCUGCCGCAGCGGCUUCCACGGCGCUAGAGGCCGCUUUGCAAACAAAGGACAACGAAGCGGAAGUCAAUGAUGUUGCCGUCGGACGUCUGCUGCAAGCGUAUGCACCGCAGGCUAUUUUCCUAGCGAAGUUGAUAGAGCUGCGCGCGGCRGAGACAACGAGUGGCGCGGCCCACCUCUCAGCUGCAUAUCUCACGGGUGGCGCAGGUAACGGUGUCUGCUCGUUGGGCAGCGCUGGUGGUGCGUUGAGUGUUGGUGGCAGCAGCGGCAUGGGUAUGUCCUCAGGUGCCACAGGUGCCGUUGGUGUUGGUGCAACGGCCGGUGUACGUGCGGARUUCGACAAUGGCAGUAAUGCGGCUGGCAUACAAAUACCAAUGCACCUUUUGUCCACGAUUGGAGUCGCGGUGUUGCGCACCCAUCAGUUUUAUGCUUAUGCCGUGACGCCGUUCGAAAUAAUACAGCAACAACAACGCGAAUUGCGUAUCGAACAAUUGUCACCUGCAAAGCGUGCCGGGCAACCGUCACAAACAGCAACCUCUGCGGCCGCGACGGCAGCAGCUUCGAGUGGCAAGCUGCCAACGAUACCCGUGGAGAGUCUCAGUGAUGUGGAUGUGCUAAGAAAAUUCGUGAAGAGAUUAUCAAUUUUUGGCUUUACCACACGUCAACAAUUCGAGGAGUACUUUAUGACAUUCCUGCUAUUAAUCAAUAAAGUUUACGACGAGAAUAUGGUUGACGAGCAGGAGCAAUUUCAAAUAAGAUCCACAUGCUUGGAAGCGAUUUUGGAACUUUUAAUUACAUAUAAAACUUUUCCAAUUGUGGGUAAUAAACUUUCGCAUUUUCAUCAUACGACACGGUGGACUCGCAUUAAUUGCGACAGCAUUAGCUUGAAAAAAUUACACAAAGUGCAGCUACUCGUCGCCGAGGCGAACAUCUUCUAUCAUCCGAACUUGGAGCGCCAACUGCGCGCAGACUGCGAGGCGCGCGCCAACUACAGCAGCUACGCGUGCCGCCUGCGUGACAGCGUCAUUGGCACUCACCAAUUUCGAGUCAAUCAAUAUGAUUUGAAUUUUAUGUGGCAACAAAUGGAGGCGUACGCACAAUACACCGCCCACAAUAGCAGCGCGCCGAAUGCGGAACUGGCGAGCGAGAGCGCGAUUGGCGCCAGUACAGCGCAGCGCGCAAAGCGCGGUACAGGCGGCGGCGGUGGCGCGCGGGAUAGCGAGGAUGUGGCAACGAAGAAUUACCGCUACUUCACGGCGCAGUCAGGCGUGGAUUUCAAGAGCAGCACGCAGCUGAUUUUCGAUGUGCUAAUGCAGAUAAUUGAGCACAAUCACAUUUUGGUCUUGCCAAAUCUGGUGAAAUUCGCUGAAAUUUGCGAGAGUCGUGAUCAAAUCAAAUGGAUUAAGGAUAAAGCUUUAAAAUUGCAAGAGACAAUACCAAUGGACGACACCAUUUCACAUCAGCACUUAAUCUACUUACUGUGCAAAACGCAAGCCAUGCUGAUACCCACCAUCGGUGAAUUGCAACAAUUGUGCCAGCUCAUUGGCAAUUAUUUGAAGAGUUCGCACAUCUUCAUACGAAAUGCAACGCUGGCCGGUCUGCUCUGCCUGCUCGAGUGCUGCUCGAAGACCAACACCACCAUCGGCCGCUUGAGCGAUGAGUUGGCUUUGCUGCGCGACCUGAUUGUGGGCUACAUCAAUCGUCAUGGGAUUAUCGAUGUUAGCGCUAUGCAGUGCAGCGACACACAUACAAAACUGGUUUGGACUCUCAAUUAUUGUCUCAUCGAAUGGACAUCGAAAUUCGUGCCACAAUGUCACCUGCUGUCCAAUACAGUAAUUGCAGCUGGUAAUUUCCUGAGGAAGACCAAUAAUGAGGAUGUUUACUUGUGUGUUCUGCAUGGUCUCGAACGCAUGGUGGUCAUUAGUAAUACCGGCAAUAAUGGCAUGAGCACAUCAUYAGGCGCGUCGGCUGUCAGCAGUGCCGUCGGCUCAYCAGCUGUCGGCAUAGUGACGCCGUUGUUGCGCAACAAAAUCGAAAAAYUAGCACUGGAAUUGGUUAAGCUGGAGAAUGAGCGAYUCUCAAUACCGGCGCUGCAGCUGCUGCUCACCUGCAUGUAUGUGGGUUCAGCCAAGCAACUGGAAAAUACGGAACUCUCCAACGGCAUUGUCCAAGACGAACCGGAGAUAAUCGCCCAACAGACCGAUAAAGUCGAUAUACUGCUACAUUGUAUUAAAUCAUCAACGCGUGAUGCCGCCUGGAUUUAUGGACAAGUGUUGUGCCAAAUUAUACGUGAUUUAGUGCCACCGAAUGAAAUAUUGACGAAGGUCAUAAAAGAGUUUCUCGCCAUAAAUCAACCGCAUUGCGAUGUUAUGGCAAUGAUUGUGUAUCAGGUUUUCCGCUGCGCCAUCGAUUCGACAUUCCUGCAAGUGCUGCAAGACUGGCUCAUAUGCUCGCUGCCCACAUUCCUGGCCUUACCUGAACAAAAAGCUGUCUGGUGUCUGAGCGUCAUCUUUUUAUCCGCUUCCAUAAAUCUGCAUUUGAUUAAACUAUUUCCGGUGUUGCUGAGCACCGGUGCCGCAGCAGCUGCCACAGCAGCUUCAACGACGGKCGGCGGCGGCGAUGUUGGAGGUGGAGCAGCUGCAGGCGCUAGUGGAGGCACGGUUGGCGGCGUUGGUAAUCUUGAUGCUUCAMCGGCAGCUGGUCUUACGCUCGGCGCUGGCGAUGGUGCGGAUGCUGGUGCUGUGGCUGGUGGUGUUGGUGAAUUCCAUAAAUUGGGUCAACAUGAAAUUGCUUUGUUCGUGACAGCUGCCGUAGAUUUYCAUGCGAAAUUGAGUGCGGAGCAGCGGCCGCGUUUCCGUGAUGCCUUUGAGAAAUUCGCACAGCGGCAAACGGUUUAUGCUCAGCUGUUGCRGAGUCUCUGAUUUGGUCACGCAUAGSGUUAGCAGMAGCGGCAAUGAAAUCAACCAAUAYMCCAUUCUCAUUGUUGUUGUUGGURUUGUUAUUGCUCUUGUCAUUAUCGUUAUCAUUGUAGCCGUAAUAUGCGUAUUUGUGGGGCGCUGUUGUCGGUGUGSCAAGCAGCUUAAAUGAGCUGCACACAGGAGUUAUUGCAAUUUUGUGUGUGUUUGUGUAUGAGUGUGUCUGUUAAUGCAUUCCAUCUCUCAUCGUCUUGUUGCUGGCAGCUUUCGCAGCAGGUUUAAUUUAAUGGUCAAUAUAACAGUAAACCAUCUACAUAUACUCCCAUAGCAAAGCACAGCGGUGUAGUUAGGCGAAAAGUGUACACAGGUAAUGUAAAUUUGUUGUUUCUUUUGUCUCAUGUCGUUGCUGGUUAGUACUGUGUGGCGCAGCGUUGAUUUAUGAAAUGAGUUUUGAGGUUAGAAAAUUGCCUUGGAAUUGCAAAAUUAUUAAAUGAGUCAAAAUAAUGUAAGAAAGAGUAUUUUUCACUUGCGAUUUUGUUAUGGAUAAAAUUAGAAAAUAUUAAAAAAAAAAUAUCUACUAUUAAAAACAAAAAUAUUUAAAAUUUGCAU